CGACAACUAAACAAAAGACGGGGAACCCUCCGCUCCGCUCCACUUCCAAGGUAUUCUCCCUACCUUGUACCCUGCGAUCACAAAUAUCUUGUCUAUCAUUGAGCACUUCAGCUUCAAGUUGGAGGUCGCAGCAACAACAGCCGCAGCACAGCUUUACCACCUUCUUCCCAACCGGCAGCGAGACGAAACUCGCGUCAAUCCCAGCUGUAGAGGAAAGGCUGUACAUACAAACCCCUCCAGCUUCCCGGUUCCGUUCGAUAUCAAGUUGCGGUCAGGCCGUUGUCCGCAUCCAUCUCUAUAAUCCUAAAUCGACAGAAUCUCCCAUCUCCCACUCCCAUCAGCCAUCACCAUGUCGGCCAACGAGUCCACGCACCCUGACCCGAGCGUCGUGCCUCACGACCCGGUCGAGACAGACAACCUCUCCGGAGGAAUUGAGGCCAUCAAGCCAGAAGAAAAGCCGGCGCUGGCCAAGCUGCCCAAAGAUGUGACCCACACAAUCUCCAAGACGGACGAGAUCAUUGUGCGCAUCAGCAAACUCAUCAAAACCACCGCUGGACUCGGCGCCGCGCUCUCCACGCUCAACUACUCCAUCUACCUGGCAGCCUACCUGCACGCAAAGGCCCCCACCCGCGCCGCCGUCAUCACCUACAUCUCCCGACUGAUCGGGCGUACUCCAUCCAAAAUCCCACCGGGCGCCCUCGCACCCGCUAAUCCAACAUCAUUCCUCACACCUUUGGGAUCGUUAAUCUCAGACACACGCACGACGCUGCGCUUGACGGGCCUGAUCCCACUCUACAUCUGGCUGAAGACACUUCUAUCCAGAAAAUCCGCCGCCGAAAUGGACCCGGCACUGCGCCGCGUCGCCCUGAUCCAGUGCACGGCAUACAUGGGUUUUCAGGCCCUAGAAAACAUUUAUCAUCUGGUCGUCAAGGGUGUCUUGCCCGCCGAUAUUGUCGCCAAGCGCGGCGGAAUCAACAAAUGGGUCGCCUGGAGCUGUCGCGCCUGGCUGGUUGGCGUCGCGGCGGACUUUUUGCGCUUGCUACGUGAAGCCCAGCUCGAUAAGUCCAAGAGGGCUGCCAAAUCGACUCAAGAACGAGAGGAUUCUGAUCGCAAGUGGUGGAACGAGUUUAUGGUUGCUGCUUAUUGGAUCCCUGUUGCUAUUCAUUACAGCAAUUACCCGGAGGGUAUUCGGUACAUGAAUACCGGUCUCGUUGGCUUCUUUGGCCUCAUGGCUGGUCUGAAUAAUUUCAGAACCCAGUGGGCUGCAACUGCUUGAUUUUUUAAACUUUCUGAUUGUCUGGGGCGGCGGUGAUGGGAUGAGGUGGAAUGGGACGGUUGCUACCGUUUGCGUCUCUGGACUGUGAUGCAAUGGGGUAGCACUGCACUGCUAUCUGGCAACGGUGGAUGGGAUUUGAAGUAGAGAAGAAGCUUUGUCAAGGACUUGAUGUUUGCAAAUGUGACAGGAACAGAUUGACUCAAUUUCUUUCACAAUGUACAGAGAAUCUCGAUCUUAGUUUAUAUUGCGAGCUCACCUUUGAAUAUGGAGAUGUCACAAUCAAUCCAAUGACUUGCAAAGAGAUAAACACCAAUAUAUGGCCAUAUCUUUGCUACGAGUCCUAACCUUCCGCUUCAGAAUCCGAAAUCCGGGUUCUCUACACAGUACUUCACUCACAAACCUUGCUGGAUAGACAAGACAAGAACUCUUCGGACCAACAGCUCGCUUCCAAAGUCGGUGCAUGUGCGUAUGGAGAUAUCAGUCAAGUCGAGCCUUGGGAGUCUUACAUUUACCAUCAAAUAAUAUUUUGCCAAUAUUAGCACUAGACUAGAUAUACAUUAUACCUCACCCACA